AUGGAAUGCGAAAAACCCUUCCUAUCAGUCCAAACCGAAUCUGAUCGCUUUCUUUCACUAUCCCUCACGAAAAAUAUCUCGGUAUUUCUCAUCUUCUCUAUCUAUCUAUCUAUCUAUCUAUCUAUCUAUCUUAUCUAUCUAUUUAGUCUAUCAGAUUCUAUCUAUCUAUUUAUUUAUUAUCUAUCUAUCUAUCUAUCUAUAACUUGUCUAUUGAUCUCUCUCUCUAUCUAUCUAAAAUCUUCUAUCUAUCUAUCUAUCUAUCUAUCUAUCUAUUUUCAUUUAUCUAUCUAUCUAUUAUCUAUCUAUCUAUCUAUCUAUAAACUGAGGUUUGGUCAAAUGCUAAUUAUAUGGAUCUCUCUAUCUAUCUCUAUCAUAUCUAUCUAUCUAUUCAUCUAUUCUAUCUAUCUAUCUAUCUAUUUUAGUUUGGAAAUUGAAAUACUAAAUUAUUCAAAUCCCACUAUCUAUCUAUCUAUCUAUCUAUCUAUCUAUCUAUCUAUCUAUCUAUCUAUCUAUCUAUCAUUUUCUCUAGCUUUUCUCGACUUCUUUCUUUCUUUCUUUCUUUCUUUCUUUCUUUCUUUGCCACCAAUUCAUUUAUUUCACCAAUUUCAAAGAAAUCUCCAGGACACCGCACUUUCUUUGGCCAGAAGUGGCAUCGUCACCACGGUACCAGAAUCUAUGCUAUCACGCCAAAUUAUACCCUCCCACUUUUCCUCUAUCACUUGCUCCUUCAACUCUUUACACAGGGGUUAUCUAGUACUCAAUAACGACGUUUCGUGUGAGUUUAUCGAUCUCUUGCCCUGUAAAAAUUGCAAAACAUUAUUUUUCAUCUAUCUAUCUAUCUAUCUAUCUAUCUAUCUAUCUAAUAUUUAUCUAUCUAUUCUAUCUAUCUAUCUAUCUAUGUCCAUCUAUUCCAAAUUGGUCUGUCUACUAUCUAUCUAUCUAUCUAUCUAUCUAUCUAUCUAUCUAUAUUCUAUCUAUCUAUCUAUAUCUAUCUCAGUCUGUUCAUAUCUAUCUAUCUAUAAUAUCUAUUCAUCUAUCUAUCUAUCUAUUGAUAUCUAUCCUAUCUAUCUAUCUAUCUAUCUAUCCAUAUAUAUCUAUCUAUAUAUCUAUCUAUCUAUCUAUCUAUCUUUUGAUUACAGUCUGUGCAUAUCUAUAUCAUAUAAAUCUAUCAUUUAUCUUAUAUCUAUCUAG